AUGCUUGCAUGCAGCGGAGACUUUGACACCGGUACCGCCGAUCGCCACCACGAGAGUGGAGUGAAAGUUGAGGUAAACGAGAACAACAAAGGACAAGUCUGGCACGAGAUUACGCGAAAACGCACGUGCCGUCCUCUGAAUGGUUCUCCUGGAGGUCCUCAUCCACAUAUUGCUGACUCGUUUGCAAGUGAGACUGUCACGACUCGGCAGAGGGUCAGGACUUUGUCAGAGUCACUCUCUGGAUUGUCGGAUGGACUCGGUCAGCAAACUCCACGUGCCUUCCGUCGCCAGGAUCGGGCAUGA